GCGGACGGACGUGCCGGGAGCGCCGCAGCGCCCGCGCCGCCCGCAGCCCCGCAGCGUCGCUCCGCCCGGCGGGCCGCACCCGCCCGCCCGUUCGCUAGCUCGCCAUGGUGUCAUGGAUCAUCUCCAGGCUGGUGGUGCUUAUAUUUGGCACCCUUUACCCUGCAUAUUAUUCCUACAAGGCUGUGAAAUCAAAGGACAUUAAGGAAUAUGUCAAGUGGAUGAUGUACUGGAUUAUAUUUGCUCUUUUCACCACAGCAGAAACGUUCACAGACAUCUUCCUUUGUUGGUUUCCAUUCUAUUAUGAACUAAAAAUAGCAUUUGUAGCCUGGCUGCUGUCUCCCUACACAAAGGGCUCCAGCCUCCUCUACAGGAAGUUUGUGCAUCCCACACUGUCUUCCAAAGAAAAGGAGAUCGAUGAUUGCCUAGUCCAAGCAAAAGACCGAAGUUAUGAUGCCCUCGUGCACUUUGGGAAGCGGGGCUUGAACGUGGCUGCCACGGCAGCUGUGAUGGCUGCUUCCAAGGGACAGGGUGCCUUAUCCGAGAGACUCCGUAGCUUCAGCAUGCAGGACCUCACCACCAUCAGGGGCGAUGGGGCUCCUGCUCCUGCGGGUCCUCCUCCACCAGGGCCGGGACGGGCCAGCGGCAAGCAUGGCCAGCCCAAGAUGUCCCGGAGUGCUUCCGAGAGCGCUGGCAGCUCAGUGUGUACCUGCUGCUCCACCUGCAGGACCAGGAAAGUGGUUGAGGGAGAUGUGAAUGAGGGUGGUGUGAAGGCAUGGGACCCCCACCGGGUCCAAAACCCUUUGGCGUUUUCUGACGAGGAGGAGGAAGAUCUGCUGGAUUUCAUGUACAAGUUUAAGGCACCACGCAGGACGGAAUUGCCCCUGGAGGCACCGCCUAGAAUCCUUCGAUCUCGCUUCAGGAAGAAAAGUACCUCAUCCUCGGCCACAGAAACCACGUGAGUGAGAGGAGCCAACAGCACCGGGCCGCAGAAUGUCUUCUCUGCCUUAAGAGCUACCCACUAACAACAGAAAUCCGCCAGCUGGCUGUGCUCGGAGCGUGCAGCCGCGCAGACACCGCCUUUUCUCCUCUCCCCACCUCCCUGUUGAUGUCUGUUCUGUUUGUUGCUUUCCUGUUCCUUAGUUUGCAGGGGAGAGGCUAAAGGGAAAGGUAGGGGUGAAGAGUGACCUGUGAGGCUUCUGAAGUUGGUAGUUGCCCACGGCUGGAUCGCCACUGCACAUGGCAAUGUGUUUUGACAUAGGGCACAGACUCACCCCGACGCUGCUGAAAUGUACAUGUGUAAUUUAUUUGUUGCCUACAUAGUUUGUAGUCGUAUAAAUCAGGCAAUUUUUUUAAACCUUUUUUUUUUUCUCUUGGUACUAAUCCUUGGGACGAUGAUGUACAUAUUUAUGGCUUUUGGCUUUAACAUAAUGGACUUGCAAAGGCUGCCGGAGGUUCUGAUAUGUAGGAACAGUACAACAAUCAGAAAUGUUAAAAAAAAAAAAAAAGUUGAUUCCAGAAAAUGUCUCAGAUGUGCUUAGAAAGCCUCUAAAUGGAACCCUAGCAAAGCAUCCCUUUUCCUGCCAGGAGAUGUCCCUUGUCCCUCAGAGAGCCGUUCCAUCAGUAAAUCAGAGAAACCAGGAAAGAGAAUGUUUUAGCAACAGAGCAGCUUCGUAGAGUAAGAGGAGUGUGGCGGGAAGUUCUAACCUUGCCUCUGGGCUGCGGCUCAACCCUGGCAAUCCUUGGCAGGGUUGGAGCGUCCCAGAGCUGCUGGGGAGGAGGGCUGCAGGGGUUCCCGGGUGCAUAGCAAAUGACCAUUGCUCCUUCUCACGGACUGCCCCAGCGCUGCAGCCCACGGCCUCGUGUGUGAGAACUGACGGCCUGAGGGCCACGCGUGGGAGUACAUUCAGCAAAUACAAACCUACACAAAACCCCAGAACUCAGCUGCUUCCGAUAUGCUGUAAAGUACACCUGUGACGUCCACCCUGUGUCUCCUGUGCUUUCAAGGUUGUGAUUUGUGUGGCUAAGACUUUGUAGCUGACAUCCCAGCCUCUGUUCCUCUCCUGGGCUGCAUGGGCGAACGUGAUGGGGUGGGAAUAGGGGUGGGGCAGUGCUAACACUCACGUUCCACUGUUGUGUAGGGGAGGAAGGGCUUAGAGGACUCCCUACUUGGAGAAUUUCCUUUGCAAAGAAGACUGGUUUGAGUAGCACUGUACUCUGAAGUAGCUCCCGCCUCAAGCCCCAGCCCCCAGAAGCUGGGCUGAAACUGUAGAACUAGCGUGUUUGUGCUUAGAGUCGUUUCCUUUCAGUGUAAUGCAUGCAGUGCUCACAACCCAGUUACUCAGCCUGUGCAGUGUUGUAGCUCCGCCCUGAAGGCUAGAGAAUCCAUGUUGUCGACCACAUAGAAUUUACUGUCAGCUAUUAACAGGCCCAACUAAGAACUGUUCUGUGAUUGAGCUACGCGGGCAUCCUUCGGUGGACACGUUAGCUGGAUCUCCUCUCCCCCCAGGAAGGGUUUGAGUGUGACUUGAUUGUUGCCUCAUGUGCAUACUGAAAUGCCUUGUGCCUGCAGGUCCUCUGAAGAUGAUUUGGUACUUUACAAAAGGACUUAGGAAAAUAAGCCCCCCAACAAGUAUGAGGCUGUGUGCCCCUCACCCAGCAACACCCAGACCUGCCUCUUUCUGGAAGGAAAUGACACUCUUCCAAAUGCGUUUGCUUAUUAGUUGGGAGUAGCCAGAAUAGACAAAAACAAGUGCAAAAAAAAGUUUACUGAGUUUAGCAGCUUUUUCGUAACUUUUGUUUUGCCAAAAUACUCAAAUGCCUUUAGCAGCAGCAUUUAAAGUCCUAUUGUGGACAAGCUCUAUGUUCACCAUUUUGCGAUAGAAAGUUGCAACGAGUACAGGCUACCAAGUUUGCACUCAACUAUGCCAAAAAAAAAUCCGAAGCACUCUUUUAGCCAUGCUGUAUUAUUCUCAUUCAAGAUUAAGAAAUUGAAAGGUAUCCAAGCUGCUGUCUUAAUGUAACUAAUUUUUUUUUCCCUUCAUGUGUCGAUUAGGGAAUUGGUUUCUUAAAGACACUCACUGUACAACCGAGAGCAGCUGCCGUAUUUCUGGCAAAAUGUGUUUACUGCUCCAACAGACUGCAUAGCUGUGUGACUUGACAGACGAUAUGAAUGCCAGUCGGUGUACAGGUGGUGCUGUCGUGUUCCAGUUCAAGGUUAUAACUGACUGUUUUUUAACUUACUGACUUACACACAGGCUGUUUACAAAACACUAGUUCAAAACGUCUGUAAAAUUUCCAUGUUGUCACUUUGAGGUAAUUGCCAUUGAACACCUGUUCCGUUUCUGAGGAGGUGGGGAGGACGGGGCAUUGUGCUUAGAAACUGGAGAGCCCAGUCCCAGCCCCUCCUGGCUGUGUGUCACUAGCUUGCUCACUUCGCUGGCCUGUGAUGUGCGUGCUCUCCGUGGUAAGCUGUCCGCGUGUUUGUGGUGAGAGUGCUCAUCGACCAUGACCGUCACUGAGCCUUCCUAGUCCUUCACCUUGCACAGUACCUGCAGCACCAAGGAUGUAGUGUCAUCCUGACGGCGGUGGAGUACGUGUGAGGGUGGGGAUGCUGGAUUGUGACUGUGCAAUCUCCUCUGAUUCUCUUCUGUAGUCCCUAUAGAGUUAUCUGUAAUGAAAUCGUGUACUGGACUGUGCAACAAAGGGAUGUAAAAUUACAGUAUUCCAGAGGUUGAAGUUCUGCUGUUUUGUUAUGAUUGCCUGAUAUACACCUUGAAUAAAGUCUUAACAUUUUUCUUUCAAAAGCAA